AUGUGCUGCUCAAACCCGGCUCCGGCGGUCGCAGACGCAACGCCGGUGCUGCUGCGCACGUUCGUGAACGCGACGCUGGCGCCCGGCUCUGCGUGGUCGGCGCAGUGCGAGGCGUCGGGCUCCCCGGCGCCCGCCGUCUCCUGGGCGCUGGACGGCGCGCCGCUCGAGUCGUCGCCGGGCGGGGAGCGCGUCGCCGUCAGCAACCGCGUCACCGCCGACGGCGUCCUCAGCUACCUCAACGUGUCCGCCCUGGCGCCAGAGCACGGCGGCCGCUACGCCUGCUCCGCCACCAACGCCGUCGGCUCCGUCACGCACCAGGCGUACCUGCAUGUGAUUGGCCCACCGUAUAUCAAACCAAUGCACGACAAGAGAGUGGUUGCUGGAACGACUGUCACCUUCAACUGCUAUGUCACGGGGUACCCCAUCAGCAGCAUUUACUGGGAGAAAGAUGGAAGACCUCUUAUUGAUACUCACCGCCAAACGGUGUUUUCAAAUGGAACGCUUCUGAUCAGAGACAUCCGUAAAGUGGACGACGAGGGCGGGUACGUCUGCGUAGCCAGCAACCCAGAUGGAGACACCGCCAGAAGGAAGAUGAAUGUUCAAGUUAUGGAGGCGCCGGAGAUAGAUCCCAUAUUGGUCAAGUCUAACCUUCAGCGAGGAAUGAGAAUCCAUCUGACAUGUAUUAUCAGUAAAGGAGAUUUUCCAGUGUCCAUUCGUUGGCUAAAAGAUGGCAAGGCAAUUCCUCAUGGGCAAGGAAUCACAGAAAAGACAAUAGACGAUUACUCGAGUACACUGAGCUUCAACGGCCUCGCUGUGAAUCAUUCUGGAAAUUACACUUGUCAGGCGUCGAAUGCGGCAGCCAUCACGAACUACACGGUACCGAUAAUAGUAAAUGUACCUCCGUCGUGGCAAACAGAGCCCAACGACACAGAGGUAGUGCUUGGUAGCAGUCUUAUGGUGGACUGCGCAGCUGAUGGUUCUCCCAUGCCACGCAUUCAGUGGAAAAAGGAAUCACCAAUUCCUGUGUCUCCGUUCCAAGAUAUACACAGAACAGAAAAUUUCAAAGUUCUUGAGAAUGGCAGUCUGUGGAUACAAGCCGUCCUUCUAGAAGAUAAAGGCUAUUACGUCUGUGAAGCCAAUAGCGGUAUCGGAGUUACUCUCAAUAAGGGAAUCUACAUCACCGUACAUGUCCCAGCAAGGUUUUCCACAGCAUUUCACAAUGUUACUGCGAGAAAAGGCAGCACUGCAAUACUGGACUGCGUAGCUGACGGAGAUAAACCACUAGAAAUAAAAUGGCACCAUGCAAACCGCUUGCUUAAACCGGAUCACGUAAAAAUGGACGUGAAGGAAGAAAACCUGGAUUUGGGGCUUCGAUCAAAACUGACGAUAAAGCAUGUUCAUCGAGACGAUUCGGCUUUAUUCGGAUGCUUAGCCAGCAAUAAAUAUGGCAGUGACCGCAUGGAAUUCCAUCUGAUUGUUCAAGAAAAUCCAGAACCACCAUUUAACGUUCGUCUGAUUAACUUUUCGAGCAGAACAGCCAAUAUUAGCUGGGAGAUGCCUUAUGAUGGAAACAGCCCGAUACACACUUUCAUUAUACAGAUCAAAAAUGUUUCAGCGUUGCCCUUGCGCCACUAUCCGCCGUCGCCGCCGCUGCUGCUACUGUCUGCCUUCCGCUGUCUCACGCCGCCAUCUGCAGGCUCGGGCGUCUGUCUGCGCUGCGGCCGCUGUUUGUCGUCGCCGAUAUUGAUGUACCGCCUCUCGUCGCCUGCAACCCAGUGCUGCCCGCAGAGGCUGCUGCUACUGCUGGCUGCCUCUCGCCCCGUGGUCUGGGGCCUCGCGCUGCUGUCCUCUACACCUGCGCUGAUGCACCGCCUCUGCGCGCCGUCUGCGACCCCGCUCUGGCUACCGUGGCCGCAGGAUCCUCGCGCCGUCGACGCCCGUCGCCGCUUACCGAGAUGUCCUCCUAAACUUCAGGCGCCGUUUGGAGAAUUCAAUUCUAAAGUUCUCUUCAACACGUUCGUCGUCGAGGACGCUGGUUCUUGGGAGAAUAGUCGACGUGCAGCAGUGAGUGGCACUCAGAAGAAAGCUUCCGUCAUUGGGCUUCAUCCUGCUCACAGCUACCAGCUGCGGGUACUUGCAGAAAAUUCUGUUGGUGUAUCUAACGCAAGUGGCGUCGUGUCUGUUACGACAACAGAAGAAGUACCCGGUGGGCCACCCCGUGAUAUCCAAAUCAAAGUGAGAAAUUCGGAGGCCCUGCUUAUCACUUGGAAGCCGCCAGAAAUUCAUCUGCAACAUGGUGAAAUCACGGGGUACCAUGUCGGUUAUCGAGUGAGAAAUUCAACUGACUCUUUCCAUUUUAAGACCUACGAAGUAAUUCCAGGUACAGAUCUGCAAAUAACCUUGUCAAAUUUGCGCAAGUUCACCGAAUACAAUAUCGUCGUGCAAGCUUAUAACAGGGCUGGUGCAGGACCACGGAGUGAGGAAUAUAUUGCUUCAACUGACGAGGACGUUCCCGGAGCUCCUCCAACUGAUGUACAGUGCACUGCUUUAUCAGCGUAUAGCAUUCUGGUUCUGUGGUCACCACCUCCUACCAAGGAAAUAAAUGGCAUCCUAGUGGGCUACAGAGUUGUAUACCACGCACUUUCCAACUGGGAUGAUAUGAUCACCAUGGAUGAACAUACAACAAUAGAGAACAAGUUAGAACUUUUGGAUCUCGUUCCUUUCUGUAAUUAUAGCAUAGAAGUGAAAGCCUUCACACGAAAGGGGGAUGGAGUGCCUAGUCGUCCUAUCUUCUGCCGAACACAGGAAGAUGUUCCAGGAGAACCUGAAGACAUUAAGGCACUGGUUAUGGAUUCAAGAACAAUACUAUUGUCCUGGAGAGCUCCUAAAUAUCCGAACGGAAGAAUUAAGAAAUACAAAGUAUACAUGCGGUCCAUAGAUGGCGUUGGAUUGGACAGGGACCAGUACGAUUUGCCUUCAGAGCAGACCUACUACAGUAUAUCACAUUUGGAAACUCACCACAGAUACGAAUUUUGGGUAACUGCCUUCACUAUCGUCGGAGAGGGCAAACCAUCGAGACGAGUGGUACAGGCACCAACCAACCACGUUCCAGCCAGAAUUGCUUCAUUCAGUGAAUCGAUGACGGUGGCGUGGAAGGAAGAGCUUAGACUACCAUGCUUAACAGUGGGACAACCCGCUCCACUUUUACACUGGACUAAAAAUGGAAAAAAUGUCCAAGGAAACAGACAUGUACAGAUCAAUUCUGAGGGUACAGUUUAUAUCAGCUCCGUGCAGAGCACGGAUGCAGGAAACUAUUCUUGUUCAGCAGAAAACGUUUUCGGGAAGGAAGAAAUUGUAUAUUCCGUAUCUGUCCAAGAGAGCAGAAGCAAAGGCAUUCCAUCUGCUCCAACAGAUUUUCAAGCAGCUUCUCACUCUACAUCCACCAUCAGCCUGACAUGGCUGCCACCUCCAUCAAGAGGGAGUACUGUAAAAGGUUAUUAUCUACAUUUCAAAAGAGAAUUUGGUGAGUGGGAGAAGAUAAAGAUCCCUGCUCAUGAAUCACAUUUCACUUUAAAAAAUCUCCAGUGUGGUACCAGACAUCAGUUCUAUCUUCAAGCAUUUAAUCAGCUAGGUCAGAGUUCUCCAACCCCUACAAUAUCACAGCGGACUCAAGGUUCUGCUCCAGUAGCACCUAACAUUUUUGACCUCAUACAUGUCAAUUCAACCUCAAUUUCUCUAAAUGUUUCAUCAUGGGGUGAUGGUGGCUGCCCCAUUACAUCAUUUGUCGUGGAAUAUAAAUUGAAACAUGGAGUGGACUGGACAUUAGUGUCAAAUAAUGUCAAGUUUGACCAAACAGAAUUUUUGGUGCUUGACUUGAAUCCAGAGACAUGGUAUACACUCCGAAUGACUGCACAUAAUAGUGCUGGUUCAACUAUCUACAAAUAUGAUUUUGUAACUCUUACUCAUUCAGGAGCUAUUGUUGCUCCAGAGCUAAUUGUUCACUCUGGUUAUGGGCAAGGUAGUUUACUGAAUGAUUUAGGAAUAAUAAUACCAACAGUGGCUGCCUUAGUAAUCAUAGUUGUUUCUGGUGCUGGAUUUUUCUUGUACAUGAGGAAAAAACAGGAAAUGUUUCAAGCGAAUAAAUAUGGAGAGAAACCAUCAGAGAUAGGACUUGUACCUGAUGUUGGGAAGGUUGGAGGAUGUGAAUCGGAUACAACUGCGGGAGGCAGUAAUGGCUGUAGUGGAUUGAUGAGCUCAAGCCCACAUGAAUCAGUCUGCUUGCCCACACCAAUGCGUGUGUCAUUGGGACGCAGGCAAGAUAUUAGUCCAUAUGCAACUUUCCAGGUCCCCAAUUCCAUGGGGAGUGAAGGUGCAGUGGAAGGUGUCCCACUCACUAUGGACCAUUGCUCUCAGGGUCAGCCUCUGGAAGGAGUCAAUGUUGACAUAUACAAGUAUGGCAGCAGUGCAGAUUCUGUCUACACAAAAAUUUGUAAAACGUCACAGUAUGAUGAUGAUGCUGUGGACUGGAUCCCACUUCACAGUUUGUACAAAUCCCACAGGUACUGACAUUAAACUGUUUUGCGGCAAGCAGGCCUCUGUCUUCCAAACCAUUUCCUCCAUUUGCAUAAAAACAAAUGAGGAGGAGUUUAUGGAUUUAAUGGUCUACAAUACAUUCAAGUGCCUUUUUCUAAAAUUUUGUGAGUACAGUUUUCAAGUUGCCAGUCAAAAGAAAAUAUUUCCUCAGCUACACCUUAAGUGCCCACUGUGUACAAGUGCUUGAGGCUUCUGCACCCUCAAUGUUAUGCAGUACACUGAAGCACAAUAACUGGAAGAAUAAUGUGAGAAACAUAUACAUACAAAGGCUUAAAAAUAUGUGUCAAUUUCUCAGUGUUCCCUUCCAUUUGUAUGGCAUACAUUUCACAAUAAAUGCAUGUGGAAUAGCUGGAAAAUCCCUUUGCAAUAUUUGUUGCAUCAUUGUUGUGACUAUAUAAUACUACUCAUUAUUGUAUAAAUUUUUAUAAUUGAUUGUAGCAGUAUUUGUGUCACUGAGUUUUUGAAGAAGUUCUGUGCAGAUAUAUGCAAGAUAAUAUACCAAAAUACUGCAAUCCACAAGUAUUUAUUUUGGACAUAUUAAAUAAAUACUUCAGUAAGUGUACUUCAAUGGGGUAAAUAAUCACACAUCAUUAGUAUUUUAAGUUUUGAAUGCAACAGUGUUACCCUUGUUGUCAUGAAUGAAGUCAUGCUCACAGGAAGUUAACAGGUAUGCUGACAUUUAGAACAGGCCAUAAAGUCGCAGUGAUUAAAAACAAUAAGUAAAAUAUGUGAACUGAAGUUGGAACCUAUGGUAUUGUUUGUCAAGUAUUUGACAUAAGAAAUGCUCUUCUGUUUUGUAAACUUGUUACAUGAUGUAUGUCUGUUUAUCUCACCAG